ACUUUUAACUAUCAGUCUUGACUUGGCCAGCUUAGCAGACGGCAGUGUUUAAACCAAAAAAAUCACAAAAAACGAAUGCGAAUUGCAAAAGUUUCGUUGCUUGAGAAAAUCCAAAAUAAAAAAUAAUAGCAAAUAAUUUUGUUGAACAAACGAAAUCGAAAUAACAUAAAAAAUAAAACGAAUUUAAAAAAAAUAAAAACAAAAAAAUAAUGACAAAUAAAUAAUGGUGUUUAGAAGAAAAUCGAGGAGAAAUAUUGAAAUUUAAAUGGAUUUAAAAUCGCCAAAGAAUUUGAAAUCUUCAAAACAAAAGAAAUUUGUGAAAAAUCAUCGAAGCUCGCUAAGAAGUGUGAAGAAGCAAAGCAAAACAACGACCUAACAAAAUAAUCGUUGAUAUUUGAUUGCAACAUUUGUUUUCCGUAUCAAAAGAUAAACAACAAUAACAACAGCAAUAAAAAUAAUAACAAAAACAACUGCAAAAAGAUAAAUUGAUUAACAAACAACAACACGCCUGUCUGUCCUCUGAUUUAUGCUCGCCAUCUAAUAUUGUGACACUCGGGGGAUUUCUUUUCUUCUUUCUGUUCUGAAGAGCGUGGAUUCUUAUUUUGACUCACUGCCGCGUCGUCUCGUUUACAUUCAAGUGGAAUCACAUUUCUUAACGCUUCAGUUCCGUGUUUUUUGAGACAAAACCGAACCAUAAAAAAAGAGAAAUUCGUUAAAACAUAAUUUAUAUCUAGAAACCGUUUUAGUUGGCAAAUCAUCAAAUUGGCUCCACCAACAAACAUAAAUUACAAUAUGGCUGUCAUGACCGAUCAUGACAGAACUCACAAUCUGGAGUUGAAAUCACCCAGCAGCAUAACCAAAGAUGGCAACGAUGCUGGCACCAUAGCCGACUUCUUUGCCCAUAAAAAUAUAUUUGUGACCGGUGGUACGGGUUUCUUGGGUACCGUCUUGAUAGAGGCCUUGCUGGAUGCCACACCGGACAUAGGUACCAUUUAUUUGUUGGUGCGCGGCAAAAAGAACUGGGAUCCCAAUCAGCGUGUUAGGAAGCUACUAACAAAACCGAUCUUUGAAAAAUACGAUGAAAAAACAUUGACCAAAGUCAAGCCCGUCGUGGGUGAACUGAGCGAAGAGAAUUUCAAUUUCGAUGAUGAGAUCCUACAGGAGCUGAUUGAAAAUGUGAAUAUCAUUUAUCACAGUGCUGCCACCAUUCGUUUCCGUUCGCCCUUGAGGACAGCUAUUAAGACCAAUUUGACUGGUACUAUGCGUACCAUUGAGUUGGCCAAGCGGUUGAAGAAUCUCUCCGCCUACAUCUACUGUUCGACGGCCUUCUGUAAUAGUAACAAUCGUGGCCUCAUCCUAGAAGAAGUCUACAAAUCACGUUGUGAUCCCUAUGAAAUGAUGAAAAUGGCCGAAGAUGAUUCGAUGUGGGAGAAUUUCACCGAAGAACAGACCGUCAAAUAUACCAAUGAUCAUCCGAAUACAUAUACGUUUACGAAAAAUCUAUCGGAAAAUUUGCUCAUGUCGGAGAUGAAAAAUAUGCCGGUGGCCAUUGUAAGGCCCUCAAUUGUUUAUGGCACCUGGGAGAAACCCUGUUCCGGUUGGGUGGGCAAUGCCAACUCCGGCCAUUUGGGCUUCUUGGCCGGUUUCAUUAAGGGUAUUUUCCGCACCAUGAAGGGUCGCGCCUCGGCCGUCAUUGACAUCAUACCCUGUGAUUAUGUCAUCAACUCGUCGCUGGUCAUGGGCUGGUAUGUGGGUACUCGCAAAAUUGAAAAGCCCGAAGUUAUCCAUUGCACAUCGGGUGAAGUCAAUCCGCUGACACUGUCGGAAUUCUGUGAUAUUAUCAAUACGAAUGUGCAAAAACAUCCGCCCAACAGUUUUGUCUGGAAACCCAAGGCUAUUUUGCGAAAUGGCUGGCGUUAUAAUUUAUUCUUCUAUUUGUUCCAUAUGUUGCCCGCUAUGGUCUAUUCCAUACCAGAGAAGCUAUUUUCCGUUGGCAUGCCACAGCACACUGUCUAUGAAUAUAUGCGCGUCUUCCACAGAGGUGGCAAAGCUUUCGACUAUUUCCUGGACAAGAAUUUCCGUUACGAUCUGAAGAAUGCCCUGCGUAUUAUGAGCGUGGUACAUGAAAAGGAUCGCAAACGUUAUAAUUUUGAUUCUAGUCGCUGUGAUUGGACCGAGUUUCUGGCACGAGUUAUUAUUGGUAUACGCCGUUUCUAUUUCAGAGAAUCGGCUGAGACUACCACCUGGCAUAGGAUAUAUUGGAAAGUUUUUGACUUCCUUUACUAUGCCGGAUUUGUUGUAUUGUUCUUGAUAUUCUUUGCCAUCUUUGCGCUAUUGAGUGGCAUUAAAAUUGGCCUGGUGGUGUCCCUGUUAGUUUGGGGCUUUUUGGUUUGGUUAUAAAGAAAACAAAAUUGAAAAUUUAAACACACACAUUUACAUUAGUUUUAGAAAAAACAAAAAUACGCACACACUCAGUCCACAUACAAAUACACAUACAAACAAAUCCUUUCUCCCUCCCACUUAAGUUGCCCUUAGCAUAGAUUCUUGUAAUAAGUUUUGUUUGUUUUUCACGAGCUGUUUACAAUAUUUUGUUUUAUUCAUGCUACCUCUUAUUUUGUUUAAAUGGAAACAACAUCACACUAAGUUCAUUUUUUUAAGAAUCUAAAUAAAAUGUUUGUUCAUCUUUGAUUUUUUAACAAUACAAACAAACAAUUGGAAGAAAGUAAUAGAUAUAGAACCAAUUAAUAGUUUUUAAAUAAUUUUCUUAGGGCCUUAUAAUGCCCUUUAGCAAAUCCCUUUUCAUUACUUUAACAUAUAUUUCUGGAUUUCUUUCAAUUGAUAAGUUUUAGAUUUGUUUCUUUUUCGGUAUAUUGUAACAUUUUGUUUAUAAACAUAGUGGAAUUUUUUUUUUACAUUUAAUUAAUAAUUACAAACAAAAUGAUGAAUAAAUAUAAAUUUAAGAACAACACAAUGCUAUUGAUUGUUUAUGUUAUAUUAACCUAAUUAUUUGUUCAAAUAUUUUUUAAGGAUAUUUUUACAAAUAAAAUAAUAAUAAAUGGAAUUCUA